UGCUUGUCUCUUUUCCUCUCGGUCUUCGUUUCCAGAAUCUUGGUUUGGUCUCCGAGUGUGCGUUGCUCCACCUUGAAUAGAUCGAUCUGAUUUCAUUUUCUGUUUCGAUUCGUCUUUCGAUAUUGCUACUGCUGUUUUGUUUCCGUGAGAGCUGUGGAUUUUAAAGGGUAACUUUGGUGUUCUAAAGCAAGUUCGACAAGGGGAUCGCUAAAUACAUUUUGCAAUCUUUCGAGUUCGAAUCAUGGAGUCCAUAGAACAGUCUAUUAUCCCAGGUCUGCCUGAUGAUUUGGCUUUGAGAUGCUUAGCCAAGCUUUCUCAUGGGUAUCAUGGAGCGCUCGAGUGUGUCUCCAGAGGCUGGAGAGAUUUAGUUCGUAGCGCUCAUUACUCGUGCUAUAAAGCUAGAAAUGGAUGGGCAGGGAGCUGGUUGUUUGUUCUGACAGAACGUUCUAAGAACCAAUGGGUUGCUUAUGAUCCUGAAGCUGAUCGUUGGCAUCCAUUACCUAGGACUAGAUCUGUUCAAGAUGGCUGGCAUCAUUCUGGGUUUUCUUGUGUUUGUGUUUCGAAUUGUCUUCUUGUGAUCGGAGGUUGCUAUGCGCCUUCGGUGUCGUCGUUUCCUCAUCAGAAGCCUGUUGUCACUAAAGACGUUAUGCGGUUUGAUCCGUUUAAGAAAGAAUGGAAAAUGGUUGCUAGUAUGCGAACUCCACGGACUCACUUUGCUUGUACUGCUGUCUCUGGCAAGGUUUAUGUUGCUGGAGGUCGCAAUUUAAACCAUUCCAGAGGAAUUCCAUCUGCUGAGGUUUAUGAUCCUGUGGCUGAUAGGUGGGAGGAACUACCAGCGAUGCCUAGACCACAGAUGGACUGCUCGGGGUUAUCGUACAGAGGGUGCUUUCAUGUCCUGAGUGAUCAGGUGGGAUUUGCAGAGCAAAAUUCAUCUGAAGUUUUUAACCCUUUAGACAUGUCUUGGUCCACUGUGGAGGAUGUCUGGCCUUUCUCUAGAGCCAUGCAGUUUGCUGUUCAGGUGAUGAAAAAUGAUCGAGUGUACACGAUUGUAGAUUGGGGAGAAAGCUUGAUCAAGACUAGGGAUACAGAUGAAGGAGAAUGGUACAAUGUUGGUUCAGUUCCUUCUGUUGUUCUUCCUAAUCAUCCGAGAGAGUUAGAGGCCUUUGGAUAUGGAUUUGCAGCUCUAAGGGAUGAGCUCUAUGUUAUAGGAGGCAAGGUCCUUAAAUGGGAAGAAUCAGGGGCAGGGAGAUUUGACAUUGUGAGAUUGCCCGUCGUGAGGGUAUGUAACCCUUUGGAUAGGCCUCUGAAUUGGAGAGAGACCAAACGGAUGUGCAAUCCAGCCGGUGGGUCCAUCAUUGGUUGUGUAUCCUUGGAAGAAUCUUCUCCGCCUUAACCAGUGGAUAGUCAGGCCAUUACUGCGCCACUCAUAUUUUGAAUUGAACUUGGACUGUGUACAUCUGAAAUCUCCCAAUUAAUGUAGAAAUAAGAUUACUGUUUUAUCAGCGCAUUGAGCGUUAGUAAGCUUAUCUUUUGUUGUGUGUCUAUUUCUUCUACACAGAGGUGUAUGUAUCAUGUGUAUAGACCAAAUACGUGAAAGAUAAAAAUUAAGAGUUA